GUUUCUAUAAUGGUUAGGGUAGAUUGGAUUAGUACUGUUUUGUUAAUUGCUUAUCAGGAAUUAGUACUGUUUUGUUAAUUUGUCUCAAGUCUCAAGAAGAAAAGGAAGUUCAGUUCUGGAGGUCAAUUUUGGCGACCGAAUCUUUUUAGGGUUUUGAAAUCGAUCAUACUUGUGAAAUUAUAGUUUACUAUUGGGAGGAAUUAAAGAGCAAUCAUGGAUGUUGAUUCAGAGCCAACAAAGGAGGAAACCAUUUUGGUAGGUGAUGAUUUAAUGACAGGACCACCAUCACCUAUCAUACCUCAAGAAAUUGCUUCUCAUGUUCUUGAAGGUGUUGAAACUUGUGAUGGGAUUCUUAGGAAUUUCUUCCUAUGUUUGCAAAUCAAUGAUAUUGAACCAUUUUGCCAAGAUGAGAUUGUUAUAUACAAACAAUGUGUCGAUAAACGGGAUAAGAUACUGAGGCAACGGCUUCGAGAGAGUGAACAUAAAUUGGGUAUUUCAAUGUCAUUAGAUGAUGCCAAAGAUAGAGCUACUCAACUUCAAUCAGAGGUCACAUCAUUGGAGAGGCGCUUAAUUCUUGUAAGUGGAGCUAAAGGGAUGGACGGGUUUCGCCAGAGAUGGAGUUUGCAUGGACGCCUUGAAGACACUAAAAAAAGAUUAGACUCUUUAAAGCAGGGAAUGGAGAAGAGAGAAAAUAAGGAAGAGACAACAAGUUCAACCACCACUAAGAAAGGUUGGUUCUCUUGA